AUGUUUAGUCUAAAACAAACUGGGUUUUGUUUGAAACCAUUAAAUACAACAUUCACACGUAAUGUUGCUAAAAUCACCAGUAUUCAUGCUAUAACAUCAAUGAAAACAACAGCACCAUCAAUUAAUCAUUCAGUUGAAAUUAAAAAUCAACGUAAAUUAUUAUUAGAAAGACCAGGAUUAUUUGCUAUUAAAAGAGGUAUGAUUACAUGGUUUAGAGAAUCAGGUGAAGCUAUACCUGCAACAGUAUUAGAAAUUGAUUCAUGUGAAGUUAUAAAUUCUAAAAAUUCAGAAGAUUAUGGAUAUGAUUCAAUACUUGUUGGUAGUAUUGAUAAAUUAAAAAAUAAUAAAUAUGAAACAAGUAUUAAAAUGUUUGAAGAUGCUGGAAUUUCACCAAAAUAUAAAAUUGGAGAAUUUAGAGUUUUAAAAUCAGAUAAUUUAAUUGAAAAAGGAACUGAAUUAACUGCUGAUUAUUUUGAAGUUGGACAAAAAGUUGAUAUUAAAGGUAUUACUAAAGGUAAAGGAUUUGCAGGUGUUAUGAAAAGAUGGGGUUUUAGUGGUGGUAGAGCAACUCAUGGUGUUUCAAAAGCUCAUAGAACUCCUGGUGCAAUGGGUGGUAAUCAAAAUCCUGGUAGAGUUUUACCAGGUAAAAAAAUGCCUGGUAGAAUGGGUUGUAAUAAUAAAACUGAAUUUAAUUUAGAAGUUUUAUUUACUGAUAAAGAAGCUGGUGUUUUAAUUGUUAAAGGUAAUGUACCAGGUCCAAAAAGAGGUAUUGUUAGAGUUAGAGAUGCUAUUAAAAUUUAUGGUGAUCGUUUAGCAAGAUUAAACAAAGUUGAAAAUUGA